CAGCAAUGUGCCGAUGCGGAGCGGGGUCGCGAGGCGGCAGAGGCAGCCCUACAGCGUGUGGAGGCCGAGAUGAAGCAGACGCACGCCAAGCUGCAGGAGGAGCUCGAGGCGGCGCUUCUCGAGGCGAACGAACGCAUUGCAGAGCACGAUGAGCUGCUUCAGCAGAAGCUUGAGGAACAGGGGGAAUAUUAUGAGAAAUUACUUGAGGAAAAGUCGCGGUUGGAGCCCGUGCCGGCGGAUGGUGCUGAGUUGGGUGAUGCGCUGCAUUGGAAGGCGGAGAGCGACGGGCUUAUGGAGGAGGCGCAGCCUGCUGAGCAGCCACGUCGUGCAGCUGCGGCGUCCAGGAACCCCUUCGCCAGCAUGAGUGUGCCGUCUCAGCAGCCAGACUCCCUCGUUGACCAGGGCGGCGAUGACGAUGAUGUGUUUGGUUCUGGCGCGUUGCAGCACCCCACGGUGGCAGGCGAUGUCGUGUCUGGGGAGCGACCGGCUGAGCUGAAGGCCCUUGUGGCCGAGCUGCGGGGACGGCUUGCGGAGAUGGAGGCCGGGCUCUCGAGUGCCACUCUGGCCCGCGAUGGCGCGAUGGACGAGGUAAAGCGCCUGGCGCAGCAAUGUGCCGAUGCGGAGCGGGGUCGCGAGGCGGCAGAGGCAGCCCUACAGCGUGUGGAGGCCGAGAUGAAGCAGACGCACGCCAAGCUGCAGGAGGAGCUCGAGGCGGCGCUUCUCGAGGCGAACGAACGCAUUGCAGAGCACGAUGAGCUGCUUCAGCAGAAGCUUGAGGAACAGGGGGAAUAUUAUGAGAAAUUACUUGAGGAAAAGUCGCGGUUGGAGCCCGUGCCGGCGGAUGGUGCUGAGUUGGGUGAUGCGCUGCAUUGGAAGGCGGAGAGCGACGGGCUUAUGGAGGAGGCGCAGCCUGCUGAGCAGCCACGUCGUGCAGCUGCGGCGUCCAGGAACCCCUUCGCCAGCAUGAGUGUGCCGUCUCAGCAGCCAGACUCCCUCGUUGACCAGGGCGGCGAUGACGAUGAUGUGUUUGGUUCUGGC